CUAAUAUUAAUCCUGUGAUGAAAUUACAGAGGUGAAUAAGAAUGCCAGGGGAUCAGUUACAAGUGUUGAAUGCACUUGAUGUAGCCAAGACGCAAUGGUACCAUUUCACGGCGAUUGUAAUCGCCGGAAUGGGAUUCUUCACCGACGCUUACGAUCUCUUUUGCAUCUCUCUCGUUACAAAGCUCCUGGGCCGCAUUUACUACCACGUUCCAGGCUCCAAGGUGCCUGGGACUCUCCCUCCCAACGUUUCCGCCGCCGUCAACGGCGUUGCCUUCUGUGGGACCCUCACCGGUCAACUCUUUUUCGGGUGGCUUGGUGAUAAGCUCGGGAGGAAGAAAGUUUACGGUAUGACGCUGAUGAUCAUGAUCCUUUGCUCUGUAGCCUCUGGUCUCUCUUUCGGACACAAGCCAAAAUCCGUGAUGGCCACGCUAUGUUUCUUUAGGUUUUGGCUUGGGUUUGGGAUUGGGGGUGACUAUCCUUUGUCCGCUACGAUCAUGUCUGAAUACGCUAACAAGAAGACUCGUGGUGCGUUUAUCGCUGCGGUUUUUGCCAUGCAAGGGUUUGGGAUUAUGGCUGGUGGCAUUUUCGCUAUUAUUAUUUCAGCUGUUUUUGAAGCUAAGUUCCCUGCUCCUACCUAUGCGGAAGAUGCCUUGCGAUCCACGGUACCACAAGCAGAUUUUGUAUGGCGUAUAAUCCUGAUGUUUGGUGCUCUUCCUGCGGCAAUGACGUUUUACUCUAGGUCAAAGAUGCCUGAAACCGCGAGAUACACAGCUUUGGUUGCUAAAGACGCAAAGCAAGCUGCUUCAGAUAUGGCUAGGGUUUUGCAAGUGGAGAUAGAGGCGGAGCAGGGGAUAGUGGAAUAUAUCUCAAAUGAUAAGUCUAAAUCAUAUUCCUUGUUCUCCAAGGAAUUCAUGAAACGUCAUGGACUUCAUUUGCUGGGGACUGCAUCAACAUGGUUCCUUCUCGACAUCGCUUUCUACAGUUCAAACCUUUUCCAGAAAGAUAUUUUCAGUGCAAUUGGCUGGAUACCUCCGGCUCAAACCAUGAGCGCGAUUCAAGAAGUUUUCAAGAUCGCACGAGCGCAAACACUCAUUGCCUUGUGUAGCACGAUGCCUGGUUACUGGUUCACAGUUGCUUUCAUCGACGUCAUUGGAAGAUUUGCUAUACAGCUGAUGGGAUUCUUCUUCAUGACGGUCUUUAUGUUUGCUCUAGCUAUUCCUUACGACCACUGGACUCACAAGGAGAACCGAAUUGGAUUCGUAGUCAUGUACUCGUUAACAUUCUUUUUUGCCAACUUUGGACCUAAUGUUACAACCUUUGUUGUACCGGCUGAGAUAUUUCCGGCCCGGUUCAGAUCCACAUGCCAUGGUAUCUCUGCAGCAUCAGGAAAAUUGGGUGCAAUUGUUGGUGCUUUUGGGUUUUUGUACUUGGCUCAAAGUCCAGAUAAGAACAAGACAAGUGCAGGAUAUCCUCCAGGGAUUGGUGUCAAGAACUCGCUUAUCAUGUUAGGUGUGGUUAGCUUUUUGGGUAUUCUCUUCACUUUCUUGGUGCCUGAAGCUAAAGGUAAGUCGCUUGAAGAAAUAUCUGGUGAAAAUGGAGACAAUCAUGAGAACACCAACAAUGGGAAUAGAACGGUCCCAAUUGUUUAGGUGAUAAUACACCUUUUGUUAUUCUUAUUUUUUUUUCUUCUCUCAAGUUUUUUUGUGUGUGCGCGGGUGAUCUAUUGAUGUUUAAAUAAAGUGUUACAGAAAACCAAAACAUUCACGAAUCGGUUUAAGCUCGAUUUCUAAAUUGGACAAGAGCUGAUCUUAUCCUUUUCACUGUUUAUUUGGGCUUAACAUAUAUUGGAUUAUUUUUCCUCCCCGAGUUCUGUUUGUAAACUAGCCCACUGGGCUUUAUAAUUAAUAUGAAGUGGACCACAAAAAGAAACGUUUUUAAAAAUGCUCUAGUAAUAGUAGUCAACCUUCAUAACUAAUGAGAAUGACCAAUUAUAUACAGAAAACUAGGUAGAAAUCAAAUAAUUUUAAUAUAUCAAUAAAUAACAGUAUACUAUAAAUCAAUGAUAAAAAUGUUGACAAAAAAACAGUAUAUAUAAAAACUACACAUAUAAUAUAUAUAGAUAUUAAUGUGUUUAAUUUUUUAUAAGUAAAUGUGAUUAACUAACUAUCUAAUAAAAUCCAA